UCCUGGUAUGGAAGCUUUUCAUGGAUGGAGUAUUCAGUUCAGGCAGAUGCUGCAUACUGCUACCCAUGCAGAAUGUUUCAGGGACCCAGAUCCACUGACUCAACCUUCACUCUAACUGGGUUCCGUGACUGGAAGCAUGCGGUGGAAACUGGAAAAGGACUCCACAAGCACGCUGCAUCCAAAGAGCACCUGACUUGUGAUGCCAUGUGGAGGGACAAGGAAAGACGGAUUCACACAACUGCAUUUGGUGGUCACCCAUGCCCUGGCAGCGGAAAAGGCAGUGAUGGAUUUCUUCAGUGUGUGUAACAUGCUGUACAAGUUCUGCAGAAGACCGACCGUUGCCAUUCUCUACAAAGGAGAGACACUCAAGCGCCUACUGGACCAGCGAUGGAGUGGACAUUUUGCUACAGUCUCAGUCAUUCUGAAAUCAUUUGAUGACCUAUCCACACUGUUCCAAGAGAUCACCAGCACCCGGGCAUUUGGAGCAGAUGUGCGCGUUGAAGCAACGGGGUUGUGGCAUAGCAUGUCUGAGCCCAGCUUUAAGUUCAUUGCUGAGAUGGUGCACAAGAUCCUUUCGUAUCUUGACCCCCCAAAUAAGAUGUUGCAGUCUGAACACAUGGAUCUGGCUACAGGUUUGCAGCUCAUCAGCAGUGCAUGCACCUGUCUUGAGAAUAUCCGCACUGAGACAGAAUUCCAGACAAUCCUGGCACAUUGUGACAAUGUUACAACAAGACCAUCAAAGAGGAAACGCACACAAAACUCUGCCCUUGCUGACUAUGUUGUUGAGGAAAUCUGCACACGAGUAGAUACUGAUGAUACAGAGCUACGCAGGAUUUAUUAUAGUUGUAUUGACUCAGUAUGUGGGGAAAUGAAAAAUCGCUUCGGGAAACAUAAUUGUGACCUGAUGGAGGCACUCAAUGCCCUGGAUCCUGCACAAGCGACAUUCUUGGAUGCCAGCAAGGUGAAGCCUUUACUUGACCUCACCAAGACACCUGCUGUGGACUCUGAAUUCGAGGUGGCCCGCAACUUCCUCAGGGCACAAAUGAAAGAGUCUUCUCCACCGGAUGAGGAGAAGUGGACAAUGAAACAGAUUCUGAAACAGUUCCAGAGGCCGCUGGAAGCAAUGCCCACCGUCUUCACAGCAUUUAAACAUGGCCUGACUUUUGGAGCCAGCACCGCGUCCUGUGAAAAUUCGUUUUCCACGCUCAAAAAUGUCUACACAGAACAUCGCCUAACUAUGCUUCAUCAACGCAAGGCCAAUCUGAUCCAGUUGGCAUUUGAGAAGGACUUGACUCGAAAUUUAGGAAUGAGUGGAAGGACAGUGUUUUAA